AUGUAUUUUGUAGUGCCCAAAGGAUAUUUUGAUACUACCUUAAUUUCUGUCACUAAGGAAGGUCUGGAACUUCCCGAGGAUGAGGAAGAAAAGAAAAAGCGCGAGGAGGACAAAGUCAAAUUUGAAAGUCUCUGCAAAGCAAUGAAGAAAAUCUUUGAAAACAAAGUUGAAAAGGUUGUUGUCUCCGACAGGGUUGUUGAAUCACCCUGCUGUAUUGCCACAGCACAGUACGGUUGGUCUGCUAACAUGGAACAUAUCAUGAAGGCCCAAGCUCUGCGUGACACUUUCACUAUGGGUUACAUGGCAGCAAAGAAACACCUCGAAAUCAACCCUGACCAUUCCAUUGUUGACGCUCUCAGACAGAAAACGGAGGCGGACAAGAAUGAAAACGCUGUUAAAGAUCUCGUCAUUCUGCUCUGCAAGACUGCUGUCAUCUAG